AUGUUUCGGUCGUCGCCAUGUACUAUUACAUUUAGCGGAUGUUCCGAGAGCAUUGCGUCAUUUGCUCAAAAGCGCAUCUGGCAAGAAGAAAAUCUAAGCUGUGAUGCGGCGUCUACAUCCACCACAAACAAUGUGCUUAUACCUUUGGUGCUGAAAGAAGGGGUAAUGCCAAUCGAGCGUAUUUACUCGGCAGUUAUUGCCAUUCUCGAACAUAUUACAGUGCUUAGAACAGCCAUUUAUUUCGACGAACGUCGCAAUGAUCUGGUACAAAGCGUAAAACCUAUUAUAUCCAAUGAUAGCUGUUUAUCAUUUCAAGUAACAAAGAAAUCUACUCUCACUUCGGACAUGCUUGAUAAUUUACUUGAACACGAAGUCACUCACCCUUUCGCCAAAGUGGAUUGUGGGCUCGUGGUUCGUUGUCAUCUGAUCCAAACAAGUUUCAACGACGAUGAGCAGUAUCUCAAAACGAACGACUUAAUAUUAUUUGUAUUUCACCGGAUCGCCUUCGAUUGUAAUUCUGUUAGUCCGUUCAUAAGUGCAUUUAGAAAAGCAUACGAUCGACUUAGCACUGAUACAACGAAUUUACAGUAUAUUGAUUUUACCUUAUAUGAAAGUAUGUUAUUUGCUAACAUGUCUGAAAACGAAGAAAUACAAAGAGCUCUCGAAUUUUGGUCAAAAUUGAUAAAUGACUAUUGCUUACGUGAGAGAUAUCCGUUACCUAUUGCUUCAAAAUCAAGUGUUCAUAUGCGUUCUCAAGAAAAAUAUACAACGACGUUUGUUUUAGAUUCGAGCCUUGUCAAGGCUCAAACUGAAUUUGCGACAUCGCAUAAGGUAUCCAUGUUUCACCUACAAUUAGCUUGUUUCUUUCUUUUCAUUUACGAGUUAAAUGAUGCCAGUAUCAAUGAUUUAUGCGUUACCUGCUCUACACAAAAUCGCCUGAUAGACGAUAUAAAAUCAAUGGUUGGAAUGUUUGACAAUUUAAUACCAUAUCGUAUUAAAAUCAAUGCAAAUAGUUGUUUUUCCAGCCUAGUGCAGCAGAUUUGGCAACUUAGUGCCGACAUUUUCAAUCAUUUUCAACUUCCGUACCAGCUAAUUGUUGCUAAAAAUAAGGAUCUGUGUUCAACAACCAUUCCGUUCCAUUUUUCUUACCAUUUAGUCUCUCUUGACUCAUUUGACAACGCAACAAAAAGUAUACAAACAAAUGACGCGAUAUUGUCUUUGUCUUCUCACCAUACUUGGUUAUAUCGAAAUAGCAUGGUGCCCAAUGACUGCUCUCUAGCAGUUACAUACAAUGACUUAGAACAUAUGGCUUACUGUACUCUUCAGUGUUCAUCUCAUUGGUGUAGCAAAGAUAAACUACUCGGAAUUGGUCAGUUCUACCAGAAUCUACUCUUACACGUCUUUAAUGGAGAUGAAGGAACUACAAAUUCUGAUCCAACUAUGGAACAAAUCGGAAAUCUGUUUCUUCUUCAAUCUGGAUAUGAAAUUUCUUCAGAACUGAUGAGCGAAAUAGAGUGUUCUGCCAAAUCUAGUAAGUCGCUACUAAAGUGUUAUUCAUCAGUUUUCUUAUACACGCAUCGAUGAGGAAAACAAUAAGAGUAAGCUUCUGAUACGAAAUCAAACACCAACACUUCUUGUAUAUGUAGUAUAGUCUAUUGAGUUCUAAUUUCUAGUAUAGAUUCUCACUUCCUCUUUCAUACUAGACAAAUUGAAACUUUUAUUGAGGACGAUUUGGUGGACAUGCCAUCCCCUCAUUAUGUGCUUAAUGUUUUCGGCUAGUUGUAAGACACUCUCGUAGAAUCUUAACACCAACCAUAUCCUGCCUCGUAAUUUUAUAAGUAAAUAGAGUAAAAAUAUAUAUUGUGUUUCGAGGAUUCUGCCACUGAGUACCACCAUGCAACUAUAGAGACAUUUGCGUGUCAACAUGCUGUACUCAAAAAUAUCAAUAUAAUACAUUCUACAGUUUUUGGUGAAUUUUUCUAAUGCUUUAUAGUAUCGACCUUUAAUUAUUAUGAUGUAAUAUCUGCUAUGAUGAAUGAUGAUUUUCAGCAAAAACAUGACUCUAUUAGACAUUUGUACAACACGUGCAGGAGUAUGUAGAAAAAUCAGCUAGAAAGAGUUCCCUUUGUAAUAGCUUUAGUUUUUUCUAAUUAAUAGCCAAGUCAUCGCGAAAGAAACUAUGUCUCACCUUUUACAUGAGUAGUUUUGAAACUUUAUGGCCUAAAGAGAGAGUGUGUUACUUUAAGAAAUUGAAAACUUACGUAUUUGACAGUAUAUCUUUACCUGAGACUGCCAUAAAAAUGUUCUUUCUCCAAUAAUGCGGUUAUAUAACUACUGCAAAAGACAUAUCGAUCGAAUCUCAAAAGUCAGAUCGCUUCCAAGCUUUCAACGUUUGAUGUACAUAGUUCCCAAUGGAAGAAACUAUACUCCUUCUCAAAGCAAGAAUUCACUGAUGGUCUAAUACACCUGGAAAAUUAUAAAUCUAAAUAUGGACUCCUGGUAAAAUACCCUUUCUGCUUUUCUACAAGAAGCAACGCGUCAGUUUUAGGCCUCUCCAAACUCAACCAUAAAUCGCAGAAAAAUUACAUGGAAAACCAACUAUUACAAUAUUGAGCAUUCACACAUUGAGUGGGAUUCAAUAGAGUAGAAGGAGAGCAUCAUAUUGGUGACAUUUGCUACUUUUCAUUAAGAUGCUUCAUUUUUUCAACACCAGCACUACUCACAUCAUUGAAACAAAAUACAUUCUUCAAGUACUGUGGAUAGAAUAUGCGAACUUUUCACGAAUCUUGUCUUUGAAAUCGAUCGAACAGAUAUAUCUACAGUAGGAUUUUCAUUUACGUC